ACCCCCGAUUCGGCUCCGCGCCGGCGGGUGAGCUCUCCCCCGGGAGCUCGGAUCGGGCCGGGCAGCGGUGGCCUAGGGUUUGACUCGCUUGGAGGCUGAGAGGAGGUGGUGUGGUGGGCUUGGGCUUGGGCUUGGCGGCGGCGGUGGCGGUGGCGGCGGCGGAGGUGGUGCUGGUGGUGGUCGAGGGGAGGGGGAGGGGAGAUGGACGGGUUCCUGCAGAAGCUCAAGGGGCUGGAUGCGUACCCCAAGGUGAACGAGGACUUCUACAAGAGGACGCUCUCCGGCGGCGUCGUCACGCUCGUCGCCUCCGUCGUCAUGCUGCUGCUGUUCGUCUCCGAGACCAGGUCAUAUUUUUAUUCAGCAACAGAGACUAAGCUGGUCGUUGACACAUCAAGAGGAGAAAGGCUACGGGUCAAUUUCGAUAUAACCUUUCCAAGUGUUCCCUGCACCCUUCUCAGUGUUGAUACCGUGGAUAUUAGUGGAGAGCAGCAUCAUGACAUUAGGCAUGAUAUUGAAAAGAAACGAUUAGACGCACAUGGUAAUGUCAUUGAGGCUAGAAAAGAAGGCAUUGGUGGAGCAAAGAUAGAGAGUCCAUUGCAAAAACAUGGAGGAAGGCUUAGCAAAGGCGAAGAAUACUGUGGCACAUGUUAUGGUGCUGAGGAGUCGGAUGAACAAUGCUGUAAUUCUUGUGAUGAAGUUAGGGAAGCAUAUAAAAAGAAAGGAUGGGCCCUUACAAAUCCUGAUCUAAUUGACCAGUGCACCAGAGAGGAUUUUGUUGAAAGAGUUAAAACUCAACAAGGUGAAGGUUGUAAUGUACAUGGCUUUUUAGAUGUCAGCAAAGUUGCAGGGAACUUCCACUUUGCUCCAGGCAAAGGAUUUUAUCAGUCAAAUAUAAAUGUGCCUGAGCUGUCAGUACUUGAGCAAGGCUUCAAUAUCACACACAAAAUAAACAAACUGUCCUUUGGGACAGAAUUCCCUGGAGUUGUUAACCCCCUUAAUGGUGCUCAAUGGACACAACCGGCAUCAGAUGGGACAUACCAAUACUUCAUAAAAGUUGUCCCUACAAUUUACACUGAUUUAAGAGGGCGCAAGAUUCAUUCAAACCAAUUCUCAGUGACUGAGCAUUUUAGAGAUGGGAAUGUUCGCCCCAAACCCCAGCCUGGAGUAUUUUUCUUCUAUGAUUUCUCACCUAUAAAGGUAAUAUUCACAGAAGAAAAUAGAUCCCUACUCCACUAUCUUACGAACCUAUGUGCUAUAGUGGGAGGGGUUUUCACUGUUUCCGGCAUCAUUGACUCGUUCAUAUACCACGGACAGAAGGCACUCAAGAAAAAAAUGGAGCUAGGCAAGUACAGAUAAUUUACCUGGAACUGAAGCAUGGACUGGCCCUCAUGUUCCCCAAGUUUUGUGGCUUGUAAGGAGGUGGAUCCAGUGCAUGCGUGCUCGAGACCUGAAGACAGCAGCUUCGCCGGAAGGUUGCUAAGGCCGGCCAUCAGAAUUGACGAUAUUGCACAUUAGUUUGUUCAAGAACUCGUUACAUGUAAAAAGACAAUAUCAUGGCCUGGGGGAGUGCUUUGAUGACUAUUUUUAGUGGCAAAAAAAAAAUUGGCGAAAUGGGAUGGAUAGAUUAAAACAACUUCACCACUGCUUGUGCCGUCGUCUAGCAUUGUUUGACGUUUUUCCAGUACUCAGAGUUUCAUUUCAGGAAGAGCUAGAACUCGCUCUCUUCUUUUGCUUCAUGUGAGGUGCACUAAAAGAGAUAUAUAACCCAUUGUUUUUAUA